GUCUUGGCUGAGUAUCUCAAGGCCAGAAACCUCUCGUUGAUGAAGAAAAACACCAUUUCGAAGGUAUGUGAGAAAUCUGGGGUCGACGUUGAUCCCGAGAGUGGCCAUGUCACCUGCAACAUCUCUCGCUUCUCAGCUGCCGACUUUGCCACAAGCCAAAGUACGUCAACCCUAGCCCACUUAUCGCAUGGGUAUCCGGCAGCUGAGCCUCUAGAAGCGUUGGCCCAUGCGAUGGCGAUGAUGCUGAAUGCACUGGCGAAGGGGGCGAUAAUGAUGAAGAACCCGUCACAGCCCUUUCUUGACAGCCACGGGUCUACUGUCCCAGUCUUCUGCUCAGCCGCUCAUGGCUCCCGAGUUCACAAGCAUAGAAGCUACAAUUCUCUUGACACCCUGAAGCGCCGCCUCGAUAGGGUGCGAAAUCAACGGAAUCUUGCCACAGCUCACGCUGGCCCUGAGAAAUCCCACAUCGAAUCUAUCCAAGAGGAGUUGAACACGAAGAAGAAAACUUCUGGGGAGCGGAUUGUCCAUACACAGUCUCGAAUCGUCACUGCGACUGAGGGUCGGGAGGAGGAGGCCGAGAAGCAGGAGAAGCAAGAUUAA